AGUGUUGGUGUUAUAGUUUCAGGUAAGAUCUUUACUUGAUUUAACACUGUUAAGAUCUUCCUAGAAACCCUCAAAGUAUAAGAUCAUCAGGAAAUGUGAACCCUCUUUAUAUACUGCAUACUGUAUUAUUUGAGAGAGAAAGAAAAGCUGUACAUGGAUUAACAAACAGUUAGUUUAUUUUAGUUCUCAAACAACGAACGAUAACUAGGGUUUUCAUUUCUGAUUUUACCUGAGAGACGAUCGAGAGAGAAUGAAACCUUGUGAAACACCAUAUACUUUGUUAGGUGUUUUGUUAUCAAGAAGAAGAUCAAAUUAUUCAUGUGAAUAUCCUAAUUUUUUAAGAGAUUAUGCUAUUAGAGAAAUCAAUGUUUUGUUAUGGAUUUCGUUAAUUGCAAUCACUACUUUUUUAGUCAAAAGAGUUAUCAAAUUGAUGAAAUUAUGGAGUUAUGGAAGAAAUCUUCCUGGUCCUCCAUGUCCUUCUUUGUUUGGUCACUCUCAACUUUUCUCCGGUGAAAAUCUCAUUGAAUUUUUGUCAAAGUCACAUGAGAAGUAUGGAUCAAUUGUUAGGCUUUGGCUUGGUCCUACUCAACUUAUGGUUUCUGUUAAAGAUCCAGUGAUUAUUAAGGAGAUGUUGAUUAAGGCCGAGGAUAAGUUACCAGCAACUGAGAGGGCCUUUCAUAUGGCUUUUGGUCGAUCAAGUUUAUUCGCUUCGUCUUUCAAAAAGGUACAAAAGCGGAGGGAAUCCUUGGCCGAGCAAUUAAACAAUAUAUUGCUGCAAAGAGCAAAUGCAAUUCCCUCAAAAGUUGUGGACUACAUCGUGCAAAAUGUUGGUUCUACUACGGCUAAUAGGGUGUCUGAUUGUAGAUCUAUUUCCCAACAUAUGGCAUUUUCCAUUCUUGGGUCAACACUCUUUGGAGAUGUGUUCCUGGGUUGGUCUAAUGCCACUCUUUACGAAGAGAUGCUUAUGAAGAUCUCCAAGGAGGCAUCCUUUUGGGCUUCGUAUACUAUUCCUCCCUUUUGGAAAAGAGGAUUUUGGAGGUUCAAGUGUCUGUGCACUGAACUGAGAUGCUUAACUCUGGACAUUAUUCAACAACGUAGAAAAUAUUACAAGUUUAGUCAAUUGGAUCAGAACCCUAGUAACGGAACUACGAAGAUAGGAAGGGUCGUUGAAAGUGAUGCUGUUAUUUUUUCUGGCGGUUUGAUGGAAGAUGACCUACUGCUGGCAAAUCUUGAUGGUCAUCUGAAUGGAGAUGAACCAUGCGGCAAUGUCAUGGGCGUUAUGUUCCAUGGAUGCUUGACAACUGCGGGUUUAAUUGGUAACAUUUUGACAAUGCUUGUGAUACAUCCAGAAAUACAGGAUAAGAUUUACUCAGAGAUAAUGAUGGUGCAUAAAAGAUCAUCUAAAUCAGGGGUGCACAAUAUUUAUGACAUGAAAUUCUUGAUGGCAACUGUGUAUGAGUCCGCUCGUCUUCUUCCUGUUGGACCUCUGCUUCAGAGAUGUUCUCGCACUCAUGAUUUGGAUCUUAAAGCCGGUGUUACUGUACCAGCUGGAUCUAUUCUCGUUGUGCCAAUACAGUUGGUACAGAUGGAUGGUUCUAGUUGGGGAAAGGAUGCCAGUGAAUUUAAUCCACAUCGUUUCUUGUCAAAAGAUGAAAGGAGAUCCUUCUCUGAGCCGAGGGUGCCACUGACAGGGGCAGCAGACGAAGUUGUGAGCAUUGAAGAAUCACUGGUGCUAAAUGACCCUAGUGUUACUGAUUCUUUUCUCCCUUUCGGCUCUGGUACUCGAGCAUGUAUAGGACAGAAAUUUGCAAUCCUUGGAAUUGCAACUCUAUUUGCAUCUCUGCUCCAGCAUUUUGAGGUAAGACUCGAGCCAGGUUCUGAAACGAUCCCGAAGUCAAUGAACAAUAGCAUCGUCCAGCUUCUUCCUACUCCGAAGAUUGUCUUUGUAGAAAGGAACCGCUAAAAUCAGAGAAUUUUCUAGGUUAUACAUUCUGUUUUUAUUUCUAUAUUUCUUGUUUUACUGGUGUGAAUGCCAGGAUAUACGCGUGGGGAAGGUGUUCUCAUUUCUGACAUAUCUAGUGGUGAUAAGGAGGAUGUCUCAACCAUGUGUUUACUAGGGAUCUUUUUCCUCCAUGUUUUUUUAACAUCUCCGCUGCUGUCUGUUGUAUUCAUGAAUUUCAUUCAUGGCUUUUGAAGCACUUGGAGCUGUUAUGGCAUGGGAGAUGUAUGUGUAUCUUUCCUUUGUUUCUUUAGAUCUAGACUCUUUUUUCCCUCUGCUUUUAAAGAAGAGGAGUGUUCUGUAAUCUAUAAUCUUAUGCUGUUCCCAUAAACGGGAAAGGAGAUUUCACUUUUUUACUUUUGGUAGAAUGUACUGAAUUUGUUUCUUCGGAAUUUAAGAAGCAAUGAAGUUCUUUUAUUCUGUUU